GAAAGACUGGCUGCAAUGCGUUCAGACUCUCUAGUACCAGGCACCCACACUCCUCCAAUCAGGCGAAGAAGUAAGUUUGCCAAUAUAGGAAGGAUUUUCAAGCCGUGGAAAUGGAGGAAGAAGAAGAGUGAAAAGUUCAAACACACUUCUGCAGCUCUGGAAAGAAAAAUAUCAAUGAGGCAAAGCAGAGAGGAGCUGAUAAAACGAGGAGUCUUGAAGGAAAUCUAUGAUAAAGAUGGGGAGCUUUCCAUACCAAAUGAAGGAUCAUUGGAGAAUGGGCAGGCUCUGAGCUCCAGCCAGAUUUCACUACCAGGCCUAGCAGAACUGGACUCAGGUUCCGCGUCUGGGGAACCCUGUUCGUAUGAGGUGCUCCCAACCACAGAUAUCAUGGAUGGGACAGUGUCUGAAGAGAGCCCCAGAUCCAGUGAGUCUGGAGUCCUCCUGUCCCAAGAUCCUUCAGCUAAACCAGUCCUGCUACUUCCCCCCAAAAAAUCUGCUGCUUUCCCUGGAGACCAUGAGGACACCCCAGUGAAACAGCUGUCCCUCCUCAAACAGCCCCCUGCCCUGCCUCCUAAACCCAUUGCCAGGAUUGCCAACCACUUAACUGAUCAUGGCGGUCCUAUGAAACUGCCUUGUAUGCCAGUUAAACUAUCGCCUCCGCUACCUCCAAAGAAAGUCAUGAUUUGCAUGCCUUUAGGGGGGCCAGACCUCUCUCUUGCAUCCUAUUCCAUGCAGAAGAGUUCCCAGCAGCCUUUGGCUCCACACCACCACUCUGUACUGCCAUCCCAAUUAGCAGCACACCAGCACCAGCUUCCGUAUGGCAGCCACAGCCAGCAUCUGCCUUCUGGAUCCAGCUCAUUACCUAUUCACCCUUCAGGGUGCCGGAUGAUAGAUGAAUUGAACAAGACACUGGCCAUGACCAUGCAGAGGCUAGAAAGCUCUGGUUUACACCCGGGUGACAGUGUCACGAAAACAGGACCUGGAGGCCUUUCAGACAUGAGACAAGUGCCAACCGUUGUGAUCGAAUGCGAUGACGAUAAAGAAAAUGUGCCUCAUGAAUCUGAUUAUGAAGAUUCUUCCUGCCUUUACUCAAGAGAGGAAGAGGAUGAUGAGGAAGAUGAGGAUGAUGAUAGCUCAUUAUUUACAAGUUCUCUGGCAAUGAAAAUCUGCAGGCAGGAUUCUUUAGCAAUCAAACUUAGCAACAGGCCCUCCAAACGAGAGCUGGAAGAAAAGAACAUCCUCCCAAAGCAGACUGAUGAGGAGAGACUUGAACUGAGGCAGCAGAUUGGAACAAAGCUAACAAGACGACUGAGCCAGAGGCCCACUGCUGAGGAACUGGAGCAGAGGAACAUUCUGAAACCUCGGAAUGAGCAAGAGGAGCAGGAGGAAAAACGGGAGAUAAAGAGAAGAUUAACACGCAAGCUGAGCCAAAGGCCCACAGUGGAAGAGCUGCGUGAGAAAAAGAUCCUCAUCCGCUUCAGUGACUAUGUGGAAGUGGCAGAUGCUCAGGACUAUGACAGGAGGGCGGACAAACCCUGGACGCGACUCUCAGCCGCCGACAAAGCAGCCAUUCGAAAAGAGCUCAAUGAAUUUAAAAGCACUGAAAUGGAGGUUCAUGAAUUAAGCAAGCAUCUAACAAGAAAUGAUCCGCCAGCUAGCACUACGUUAACCGUCAUAUUUAAAGAUGUGGAAAAAGGAGUGAAAUAG